CUAGAUCUCAAAAUAUUGUUUAAGUAAAAAAGCAAUACUCGCUUUCUAAUUCCCAUAAAUAGUAUUACCUUUUUUUUUUAAAUAAAAUGGAUGACGAUGGUAAGUUCCAUGAUAAUAAUUAAAACUGCAAGCGUAGAAAGGUGUUUUCUUUGCAGAAUAUAUUCAAAGAAUUAACAAAAUAGAGCGGACCAUUAAGGACCUACAAGAUCAGCAGCGAAAAAUAGCAAACAAAAUAAAGAUUCUUACUGCAGAAAAAGAAGAAUUGCAAAAUCAGCGUGGCUUAGAUAGAAUAAGGAAAAGGAAAGACCAUGGUGAAUGGGUAGAGAAAAAAUUUCCAUGGUCUGACAAGUUAGAAAAAGUGUUGAGAGAGACGUUCAAAUUCGAAAAAUUUAGGUCCAAGCAGCUGGCAGCUAUCAAUGCCACAUUAUCUAAAAAGGAUGUGCUCCUUCUUAUGCCAACAGGUGGUGGAAAGAUUGCCUGCAUUGGUGAACAAUAAAAUGACUCUAGUAGUAUCACCUCUUAUAUCAUUGAUAGAAGACCAACUAAUGACAUUAAAGAAACUAGGAAUUGAAGCUGCAACACUGAAUGCCAGCAGUUCUAAAGAAGAGAAGAAAAAAGUCCAUGAUGCCUUAGGAAAGGGUCCUUCUAAUUUGAAACUAUUGUAUGUUACACCUGAGUGGGUUGCUAAGAGUAAAUUGUUUAUGACCUAUUUACAGAAAUGCUUUGACAAAGGAGGCUUAGAUAGGAUAGUUAUUGAUGAAGUGCACUGUUGCUCAACUUGGGGACAUGACUUUAGGCCUGAAUAUAACCAUUUAGGCUUUUUCAAAACAAUGUUUUCUGGAGUACCUAUUCUUGGACUGACUGCAACAGCCACCAUGAAUAUUAUGGUGGAUAUUCAGAAUAUGCUUAGUCUACAGGAGGCUUUAAUUAUUACAGCUCCAUUCAAUAGGCCAAACUUAUUUUAUAAGGUGAUCAACAAGCCAUCAGAUAAACAUGAAUGUAUAAAUAUAAUUGAAGAUAUCAUGAUGAAAAAAUACAAGGAUCAAUCUGGUAUUAUUUACACAUCUACUAUAAAAGAAUGUGAAGAUCUGAACAACCUGUUGAGAGAAAGGGGUGUGAGUGUACAGUUAUAUCAUGCACAAUUGGAAUCUGAGGCAAAAAAGAAAAUUCAGGAGAGGUGGAUGAACAACAAAUAUCAAGCUAUUAUAGCUACCAUAGCUUUUGGUAUGGGAAUUGAUAAGCCAGACGUCCGUUUUGUGAUUCAUUACACAAUACCAAAAAGCAUGGAGGGCUACUACCAAGAAAGUGGAAGGGCAGGAAGAGAUGGAAAUAAAUCAAGUUGCAUUUUGCUGUUUGCACUUUCCGAUUUUUUAAGGAACGUUAGCAUGGCUUCAUCUAAAGUAGAAGAAAAGAACACCAAGGAUAUCCUAGGAUAUUGUAUAGAAGUUAAAAGAUGCAGACGAGCCGUGAUAGCAGAGCACUUUGAAGACACCUGGCGGGAAACAGACUGCUCCAAAAUGUGCGACAACUGCAAAUCGCCAAAAAACAUUCAGUGUUACAACGUAGCUCCUGCCUUGAAGGACAUUUCGGCCAUAAUCGAGGCCGCAAGUCAAAAAGAGACGAAGUUAACUUUGAUGAAACUAAUCUCAGCUUGGUUUCAAAUUGGGACAAAGGAAUUGAGACUUUCAGGAAUGAAAGUACCGCCUUGUACCCGGGAGCAAGCAGAACAUAUAGUGGCGUUUUUAAUUUAUAAAGAAUUCUUAAGUAUAGAUAAAGGGUAUACAAUGUAUACCACAAUAGCUUAUAUUCAAAAUGGAGUAAUUAAGCCUGAAGAUACGAUUUCGAUGCCUUAUGGACGUGAACUGGGGUAUAGAAAACUGACUGAUUUGACUGAAAAAUCGUCUGCCGAUGAGGGACCGCCAUCGAAAAAAUUGAAAGUGUGAAUAAAUAAAUUGUGAUACAUUUUUCGUAUGCAUUUUAAUUAACAGCGUUGCUGUUUAUUCCACGUUAAAUGAAACUUCUAUCCUUAAUUUCAAAAGUACAUUGUAUUUAUUUCAAUAAAAUUAUGCUUGAAU